AUGCCAGAAGAAGAAACAUUAAUUAUACAUAGUGAUCUAGACGAAUUAGGUAUACCAACUAGCGGAGCAGUCAAUUUACCAAUUUAUCCAGUUAAUCCAAAAACCCCUUUUCUAUUUUCCUAUUAUCUAGAAAUUUACAAAUUCAGUACUCCUGAACUUAUUCACCAAAUAAACAGAACUGACAGGGUCUUACGUGCCCUCUUUCGCAAACUAAUGAAAAAAGAAAACAGGCCUUCCUGGCUUAAUAGUAUAGCAGAAAAAGAUUUGAAAGAGGCAAAAUUGCAAAAUAAGAUCAAAGAUGCAGUAGAUUUUUAUUAUGCUGUAUUUAACGAUAAAGAAAAUGAAGAAUUCAAUAAGGAAAAAUUAGAGAAAAUCAUAAGCGUGCUUAAUAAUGAGGACGGAAUUUUUAUUCGAGGGGCCAUUCCGGGACAGUGCGAACUUAGAAAAAGUGAAGAAAUAGAAACUUUUAUCAAACAAAAAAAUCAAGAAGCUGUUGAAGAACUUAUAAAAGCGAAUAACCAAUCUGAAAGUGAUAAUGAAAUAGAACAAGAGUGCUUACGAAAAAUAAUUGCAGAUAAUUUGGGUCUAAAGGAUGCUUCUAAAAUGUAUAUUUUAGACGAAGAUGGAAAUCCAUCCAUUUUCCCAAUUUACUCUAAUUCUGACGUUUUUUUGAUUGCUAUUGAUAUAAAUGAAGCGCAGAAAGACAUCAAAAAACGCAAUUCUUUUGCUAUAAGCGAUUUUUGCAUCUCCUUAAUUGAAGAUUUUGAGGAGAUAUUUGAAAAAAUUGGGUAUUAUAAUGCAGAGGAUUUAUUAUUUAUUGAAGACAAAUUGAUUGAAAACAAUAUUGAAAAAGGAAUAAGUUAUCGCGACUAUCUAGAAAAAAAAUUUGGGAUUAAAGGAAAUAAAAUUAUACAAUUCAACUAUAAUAGUGAAUAUUUAAUUGAAAACAGGGAAAGAUUUAUAAAAGGAUUAAAAAAGAAUGGUCAACAAAAAGAGCAAGUGCUUGAUAAUUAUCUGACGAAUUUUUCAGAGCAAGAACAGUUAUUAAAUCAAAUUGAAGUUCCUUUUGAGAAUUGA